CCGGCCUGGAGAGGAAAGAAGGGGAGCUAGAAGAGAGGAUAUUGCCGAUCUGAGGGGUGAGGGACCAUGGCUGCUCUCUCUGGCUUGCUGAAGACCUGGGUCACACUGCAGAUCUUGUGCCUGGCUCUGGCUCAAGUGAGGGGUCCACCCGGACCUACAGGCCCACCGGGACCAACAGGCCCUUCUGGUACUCCUGGAUCAGAUGGCAUUGAUGGGGAGAAAGGACCACUUGGAUCACCUGGUCCACCAGGACAAAAAGGCGAGCCAGGACAGCCGGGUCCUGAUGGACGCCCGGGGAAGGACGGCAUUGAUGGAUUGAUUGGAGCGAAGGGGGAUCGCGGUCCACUUGGGAGGCCUGGCUCAAAGGGUCAACCAGGUCCAAGUGGUGAACCCGGACCUCCAGGAGUCGGUCUUCCAGGUCUAGCUGGCACUCCAGGUCCAAUUGGUCUCCCAGGUCAAAUAGGACGACCUGGUGCAAAGGGCAUAAUGGGACCACCUGGGCCUCCAGGACUUCCUGGACCUUCAGGCAAGCCAGGACCUCCAGGAAAGUUUAUUGGUUUAGAUGAAGGUAGUGCAGACUUCCAGUGUCCUCUCAACUGCCCGGCAGGACCUAAAGGCCCCCAAGGACUGCAGGGUGUUAAGGGACACAAAGGACGUGCCGGUGUUCUUGGGGACUCAGGAAGCAUAGGAAAACUGGGAUCCAAAGGAAAUGUAGGCUUCUCUGGGGAGCAAGGCAUCCCAGGACCUCCGGGUCCAAUUGGUCUUAGGGGAUACCCAGGAAUGAUGGGUCCCAAAGGAGAAGCAGGACCUGGUGGCUACAAGGGCAUCAGUGGCCCUGUAGGAAUUCCUGGACCUCCUGGUGAAGAGGGACCUAAAGGACCACCUGGAGAGUCAGGAGAGAUGGGCGAUAAAGGCGGCCGAGGCAUUCAGGGUCCUCAAGGGGCUGUUGGUAAAAAGGGAGAAAAUGGUCUGCCAGGUAUUGAUGGAAAAGAUGGCACACCUGGAAUACCUGGAAUCAAAGGUGCUCCUGGGCAGUCCGGGAUGCCGGGUUCUCCUGGACCUCAAGGAACUGCUGGAUUACCUGGCACCCCUGGGACAAAGGGAGAAGCUGGAGUUAAGGGGGAACCAGGUCCUAGGGGUCCUGCUGGCACUUCUGGUGCUCCUGGACCUUUGGGUGAACCUGGUAUUCCUGGUGAGCCAGGUAUGGCAGGGGUCCCUGGACCAAAGGGUGACAGAGGCGAGCGUGGACCUGUAGGGCCACAAGGUGGAGUAGGCAAGCCUGGAGGUAAAGGAGAAAGAGGACUCCCUGGUGUCCCAGGUGCACAGGGUCUUUCUGGGAUUAAAGGAGACCAGGGCUUCCAAGGCAAAGUUGGUCCAAAGGGGGACAUAGGCGAUCCUGGCGUGGAGGGAUUGGCUGGUGAGAAAGGUGAAAAGGGUAUAUCUGGUGAACCUGGGCCCAAAGGACAGCAAGGGAUUAGGGGUGACCUUGGGCACAAUGGUCCCACUGGGGACCCCGGUAAACCUGGAGAUCAGGGACCAUCAGGGCUAUCUGGUCCAAGGGGACUUAAUGGAGAGCGAGGGGUACCUGGCAUGCCAGGCAUUAUGGGACCACCAGGACGUGAUGCAUCUGACCAGCAUAUUAUUGAAGUAGUUCUAAAGAUGAUGCAGGAGAAGCUCACAGCAGUAGCAGUGAGUGCAAAGAGAGCUGUGCUUGGUGGUACAGGUGUUAUGGGACCUCCAGGGCCCCCUGGACCUCCAGGAUCACCUGGCUCUCAGGGUCCACAUGGUUUACCAGGACCCCGUGGAAUGCCUGGUAUCAUUGGAGCACAUGGGCAGAUAGGAAACACAGGGCUUAAAGGAAAGAGAGGGGCGAAGGGAGAGAGGGGAGAUCCAGGUAAAGCUCACCCAGGACCACCAGGACCACCAGGAAUACAAGGUCCUUCAGGUAUUGAUGGUGUAGCUCGAGAUGGGAGACCUGGAGAGAGAGGACCUCAGGGAGAAGCUGGAGAGGCUGGUCGCCCCGGUAAGGCAGGGCACCCAGGUCUUCCAGGGUUCUGCGAGGCAGCGAUGUGUCUGGCUGCAUCCGCAUACACCUCGCCGAGAUUACAGGAGGCGGGGACUAUCAAAGGACCCAGUGUUUAGAGACUCGUCUCUCACAUCAUCAGUUCGUAACACCUGGAAGGAUGGGAGAUCAAAAGAGAGAGAGCGAGAGCCAGAAAACUCUUCUCUGUUGGAUAACAACAAAAAUAAGAGGCGGGGACAAUGAUGGCACCAUGACUGGAUGUUUAGCCCCCUCAUCCUCUUCUUCUAAAUUUGACAACCAAAAGUUUUGACUGGUGGGACAUCAUGAUCUUAAUCCCACAUAUCACCAUGACAACAGCAGCUCCCUGCCACCUACAUCCUUUAAAAUUCUUCACUGUUUUUGGAUGAUGUCAGUGUCAUUUCCUUCCAAAUAUAAUUUCACUGUUCCAGCAGUGACACAGGAACAGAUUCAGAUUGCAUCCCCCUGUCUCCCACCAACACAUAAUGUGCAGUAUGGAUUGAGAAGAGCUGAAACUCAAAUUUGUUGAUGGGUGCUUUAUUUUUUUUUUUUACAACCACAGUCACUUUAUUGGUUAUGGUACACCUAUAUGCAAUAUUUUGUGUUUUAAUUUAUGAAGCCUUAAAAUGCACAAAAAGACCAAUAAAUGAUUUCAGUCUAUAUGU